AUGAAUACUCAAAAUGAUUCACCAGUGUGGACACCCCCGCCUGACGUAUCGGGUUACGGAGAAGGGGUGAGAACUGUUCCGAGUUCGGUUCGCUUACCGCAUCAAGUACCGCCCCAGCUGCAGAAUCAGAACUUCGUGCCACGAGUGCCGCAACAGCAAGGUGCACCACGUCCAUUGCAAACACGUCCACCUGGUCCUCCUGGACCGCCAGGCGCGGGACCACAGCCACAUCCGUAUCAGAACAGUAGCCCGUUGCCGUUUCAACCGCGGGGACCGGCUCCGCAGCAGCAACAGUUCAAUCCUAAUCAACAACCAAAUCAACAGCAGUAUCACCCACAAUUGCCACAACAACAAUUUCAGCAACAGCGACCACCGCCGCCGCGUGCCGUGGGCUACGUCGCCACACGGCCGCUUUUCCGUCAACCUCAGCCCGGUCAGCCGGGCAGUCCAAUUCCGGGAGCGCAGCAACAGCAACCUUUGCGUCGUCCUCCUCCGGCGCAUUUUAACGCCGGCGGAUCACCGCAUCAACAACCGCAGAGCCCCACACGUGGCGGUUUCUAUCAAUUCAGUCCGACUCAGGGCUCUCAGCCUUCUUCGCCAGUGCAACAGUUUUCUCGAAGUAUGGAGCGCUCACCAAUGUCUGAAUCCCCGGUAGCAAACGCACCCGCUUCGGCCGUGAGGACUGACGAUGAAGAAGUCAUGCCAAAUCAAAAGCCCAUCGCUGAAUCACCAUUACCGGGGCAAGAGUAUAAAUUACCAGAAUCGACCAAUAAAACUCCAGAAGUACCUACUAAAACUCCAGAACCACUCGAGUCGACAAAAACACCAGAACCACCAACAAAAACACCCGAACCAGGUAGUAAACCACCAACAAAGCCAGCUACUUUAUCCAAUGAAACAGUAAGACCAGAUUCUGCAGCUGGUCAUGCAACCAACGGAAUGCCAAACGCUAAAUCCUCUACUUCUAGACCUGCUUCAUCUAAACCUCAAUCCGGAAAAAAAGUUGUUACACCUACAGAUGUUGAUGAUGAUAGCGGUGUUGACGAAUCUACGCAACGAAAGGACGUGAACGGCGCUAUGGGCUCGCCGGUGAAAAGUCCGACCAGCGCGAGUGGAAACUCACGACCCCAGAGCGCCACUCCAUUCUCUAAGCCGGCUAGCAGCCGUAGUUCGGCGAAGCCACGCGCUUCGCUCAAAACGCCCGACACCCCACCGCCCACCGCUGAGAAGAAAAAAGUGCCGAUGAACAAAGUGCAGGUUGGAUCGGCUCCUUCUCCCAAUCUGAAGACCGUGCGAUCAAAGAUCGGAUCUUUGGACAAUGCGAGCUACAAGCCGGGCGGAGGAAACGUAAAAAUCGAAAAUCGCAAAAUCGAAUUCAAAGCCACACCUAGAAUUGCGGCGAAGAAUGAAACUUAUGUCCCAGGUGGCGGAGAUAAAAAGAUUACGCAGACAAAGCUCCAAUGGAGCGCCCGCUCCAAAAUCGGUUCCCUGGAAAAUGCAAGCCACAAACCUGGAGGCGGGGACAAAAAAAUAGGAACACAAAAGUUGGAUUUCAAAGAAAAAGCAAAACCAAAAAUUGCAUCUAAAGAUAAUAUUAAGCACGCACCUGGUGGUGGAGAAGUUAAGCAUGGUUCGGAGGAUAAUCAUCAUAUUGAAACCCAAAAAUUGGAAUUCAAGGCCCAGAGUAAAAUUGGUUCUUUGGAUAACGUCAAACACAAGCCUGGAGGAGGUGAGGUCAAAAUCUUUGAUGAUAAGGCCUAUCUUAAACAAGUGGAUGGAACAGCAGCACCUCCAGCCUAAUAAGUUUAUAAAAACAGUAUUUAAAAUCAAUUUAGUCCACAGAUAUUUUCAAUUUAUACAUUUUGCAUUUUUUAUGUUUGUUUAAAAAAGAGUAGAAUCUAGUUUUAACAUAUUGUGAUAUUGCAAUAAAAAAGCUGAUCUCUAAAUUUGAGUUAUCUGAUUUUAGCAUACACAUUAACUUGCCAAAAUAGAAGAACAAUUAUUUUUUACAGUAAUAUAUGAAGAGAAAGUAGUAAUGCA